AUGGCUGAGCAGAAUCACAGCACUGUGACAGAGUUCAUUCUCAUUGGCUUUUCUGACCAUCCCAAGCUGGGAGUUAUUCUCUUCCUGGUGUUCCUCACUUUCUAUCUCGUCACCGUCCUGGGCAAUAUGGGCAUGGUCCUGCUGAUUUGUUUGGAUAACCAGCUCCACACCCCCAUGUACUUCUUCUUGAGUCACCUCUCUCUCUUGGAUGCCUGCUACUCUUCCGUCAUUAUUCCUCAGAUAUUGAUCACUCUGGUUACUGGCAGGACAAGUGUCUCCUAUAACUCUUGUGCUACUCAGUUCUUCUUUUUCACAGUCUGUGCUGGAACUGAAUGUUUUCUGCUUUCAGUGAUGGCCUAUGACCGUUAUGUUGCCAUUAGCAAUCCUCUCCUGUAUACAACAGCCAUGACGCUAGGCACCCGUUGGGGUUUGGUGGUGGGGGCUUAUGCUGGUGGUGUAUCGGGAGCUAUUCUUCGCACAGCUUGCACAUUCACACUUUCCUUCUGUGGGCCUAACAAGAUCAACUUCUUCUUCUGUGAUCUGCCACCUCUGCUGCAGCUUUCAUGCAGUGAUACCACCACCAGCCAAAUUCUGAUUCUUUUCUUUGGCAACUUUGUGAUCUUGGCCAACGCCCUCAUGAUUUUGGUUUCCUAUUUGUUCAUCAUCAGGGCCAUCCUGCAUAUAAAGUCAGUUGGGGGCAAAGUCAAGACCUUCUCCACCUGUGCCUCUCACAUCACAGCUGUGAUUCUCUUCUUUGGGACCCUUACAUUCAUGUAUAUGCGUAGCAACUCAAAUAAAUCACUCGAAGAGGACAAGGUGGUGUCUGUCUUCUAUACUGUGGUCAUUCCCAUGCUGAACCCUUUCAUCUACAGCCUGAGGAAUAAGGAGGUGAAAGCUGCCUUCAGAAAAGUCAUGAAUAGAACCCAGAUCUUUUAG